AUGGCGGCGACCGACAGCGCGGAGGGCGCGAGCGACAGCCCCGGGCUGUGGGCCGAGGUGCGGGCGCUGCUGCCCCGCGCCGAGGAGGGGCUGACCUUGGCGUUGAGCGGCGAGGUGGAGGACUGCGUCCUGCCGCUGCUGCGGCGGGCCCGCUCGCUGCUCUACGGCGCGGCGGGCCGGCCCGGGGCGGCAACGGCGGCGGCGCUGGAGCGCCUCAGCGACGUCCUGCGUGACUACUCCUGGGAGAAGCUGAACGCGGGGCCAUGGAGGGAGGUCGGCAAGGGCUGGCGCCAGGUCUACGCCUACGGCUGCCUCUUCGGGGCGCUGGCCGAGGUGGCCGCGGGCCGCCCGCUGGCGCGCGCCGUGCGGCUCUGCGACCUGGGGCUGCUCAUGGGCGCCGCCGUCCUGGACAACGUCCUGGCGCGCCUGGUGCGCGCGCUGCAGCCGCACCUGCCCCGCGCGGCGCCGCACGACGGAGCCCGCGCCCAGGUAGCGCCCGCGCGCCCCUCGCGGCCCGGCCUCCCCGCGCCGGCUGCUGAGGGGGAGCGUCCGUUCCAGAGCGUCCGGCCCGCGCCGCCGCCGCCGCCCUGCGCCGUGCGGCACGAGGAGGUGAUCCCGCGCCUCCGCUGCCCUUCGCUGGAGCACUUCAGAGACAACUACCUCGUUCCCCAGCGGCCCGUGGUCCUGGAGGGCGUCAUGGAUCACUGGCCGUGUAUGAAGAAGUGGAGUGUGGACUAUUUCUGUCAAGUCGCAGGCUGCCGCACAGUCCCUGUGGAGUUGGGUGCUCGGUAUACAGAUGAGGAAUGGUCUCAGCAGCUCAUGACUGUCAGUGACUUCAUCAGCCAGUAUAUCAUGGAUGAGAACAAUGUAGGAUACCUUGCCCAGCACCAGCUUUUUGAUCAGAUCCCAGAACUGAAAGAAGAUAUCAGUAUCCCUGACUACUGCUGCCUGGGGGAAGGGGAAGAAGAUGACAUCACCAUUAAUGCCUGGUUUGGUCCAGGAGGCACAGUCUCACCUCUUCAUCAGGAUCCCCAGCAAAAUUUUUUAGCCCAGGUACUUGGAAGAAAGUACAUCCGUCUCUAUUCACCACAAGAUUCAGAAAACCUGUACCCCCAUGAAAGCCAAAUUCUUCACAACACUAGUCAGGUUGAUGUGGAAGAUCCAGACUUGGUCAAGUUUCCAAAUUUCACAAAGGCUGCAUUUCAGUCCUGCAUUCUGAUGCCUGGACAGAUUCUGUUUAUUCCAGUUAAAUAUUGGCACUAUGUGCGAUCACUUGAACUCAGCUUCUCUGUUAGUUUCUGGUGGUCAUAGUUCUGACAUGUAGGUAGCAGCACUGAAAUUAAAUUAAAAAUCAGGCAAGUAGCCUCUCUCUCUCAGGAGAGGCAAAACCAAAAACCAACAAACUCUUGCUAAAGCAUGGAGAAGUAGUCACAAUGGGUAAGUGGAAAGAUGAUGCUGUAGUUACUUCAUUUUUGUAGAUGUUUCAAAUAACUCCUAAAGAGCAUAUUGUUAGGUCAUUGUCCUGUGCAUGCAUCCAUCAGAAACAGCCUCUCUACAGGCACUGCCAGGGUUCUGCCUGAGCCUCUGUCUUAAUAACCAGGUCAGGGUUAUCUUCUACUUGGAUUUAGUAACACUAAACCCUAGAGUUAGCUAGAGAGAUGGUGCUACCUGAAGGUUCAAUCCAUUAAAAAAUUGAGCUAACACCAAGCAAGGUACUAGUCACUUGCAUGGAAAAAGUUAUUAAUGCCCUGGUUCUGGCCAGGAUAGGGUUCAUUUUUGCAGUAGCCAGGAGGGGCAUGGCCCAGACCCAGAGGUUAUUUUGUACCACCUCAGCCUGCCACUGCUGCAGGCCAGGGGCAGGAAGGGGUUCCUUGGUCUUUUAGUGAUUGAAUCUGUGUGAAUCUUUCUGUGUGAAUCUUUUGUCUGUCUUGUACACUGCUAUUGAUAUUGUUGCUAUUACUGCUUAUUUUCUUAUUCCAUUGCUGUUUCCAGUAAAUUAUUCUUAUUGCAACUCAUGAUCUUUAUCUUUUGGACCUCCCAAUUCUCCUCUCCAUGAGGGGAGAGGUAGGGGGAGGAGGGAAUGAGCAAGCAUCUCGUGGUUUGGAGCGUUUUGGUGGAAAGACUAAUUUGAGGAGUACCAUUUCUAAACCAAAACAUCAUGUUAAAGCCUAGAACAUAACUGAAGUUAUUCCAUAGUUUAAUUGCAGUUAGAUAACCUGAGGUUUAAUUAUACUUUGAUUAACCAUCAUAUGAACUGCUGCCACAGCCCUUCUGCUGUGUCACACAUCUCUACCAGGGACAAGAAUGCUGCCAUUUUAGUCUGGUGUCUGGCAAUAGCCAGUCCUUGGCUCCUUUCCAAGUCACUCUUAAAGGAAAAAACAUCCUUACUUAAAACUGGAGACAAGUGCCAAGACAAAAAACCUAAAGAAUCUCAGUAUGGUAAUGUUUUCAGGAGUUUACAGACAUAAGCUAACAUUGCCCCAUGUCCUGACCUACUGCUUCCCAAUCCUUCUGUGGCAAUAUUCCCUCCUUACAGAGCACAGCUGCUCAUUGCAUGGCCUUACAUCAAGACAAAUUCUUCUGCAUCUAAAGAAGGGACAAAACACAACCACAGUGCCAACCACAAGUGCUCCAACUCCAGCCCUAGGUCAGAGACUGAGCCAGCUGCCUUGCACACGCUGCACUGAUUUUUCACCUGCUUGACAUGCUACAGCAGGUGCCAUUUCUGUUAUGCAACUGAAUUUGUACUGUUCCUGUACGAACAGGGAGCACUUGCUGAGAAAGGUUUCUUUCAAGAGUUCAGCUGCAUAUAUCAGAUUGCAGGACUGACUA